AUGGAAGGACAAACGAGGCUGGAUCGCCUACCGCCCGAGAUAUUCUCGAUGAUUCUACGCAAGCUCGAGCCACGCCAAAUCAGGCCUCUCAUGCAGACGAGUAAGACCAUUAACGCAAUGGCCAAGUCAAUGUUUUACAGGAGAAUGAUCUUCUCCAGAGAUAGACAUUUCAGAAGGUUUCUCAGAGUCGCCAAAGGAGAUCCCAGGAUCCUCAACAUGAUUCAUCAUUUAGAUGUCAAAAACGUUGAUGCUCGAUAUUUCUGGCUGCUCCUCUGCCUUGACCUUCGCAACAUUGAGACCGCCACAUUGAGUAAUGGGGAGACCAUCAUCAUUGGAGCCCGAGACGGCCUGGCUGAUUUUGAAAACAUGGCCUCGCUUCUAGCCGGACGUAUGGCCCCUAAGCCUAGACUGAAGACCGUAUCCUACGAUAUCAGGGGCCCAGACGAGCGCAUUUUGUCUUUGGAUGAGAUUAAACUAUUUCGCUACCCCAGCCUUACAUAUUUGCGCCUCCGGAAUGUUAGACUCGAUCGUUAUGCCUCUGAAUUAGUUCAGCCUCUUCCGUUAGAGAACCUAGAGUCCCUCUACCUAGAAGUCUACAAUUACACAGACAAGAUUCUGGAAAGGCUUCUGCGGAAUGCAAAGAAACUCAAGCGCUUUGAGUUUCACCACCCUAUGAAUGAAAUAGACCGAGGUACCCCGAACUUUCCACGAAUUCUAAGACCGUGCCAGGAGAGAAUCAAGAUUAUAGAUCUUUAUUGGGACUGUCACCGCCCAUACUUCGAAGACAAGCCAAUGAAAUUUGCCAACUUCAAAUCUCUUCAAUAUAUCGCCGCCCCACCAAAAGCUCUUUUUGGGCGUUAUCUCUAUCGAGGUGAUAUCGAGUGGUUGCCCAAGCUUAGAGAGCAUCUACCGCCAGGCUUGAAGGUGCUUUUCUUGCAGGACAUUGAGAUCUAUGAAAAGACCCCGCUAUUGCUCCCAGGUCAAGAACUUACGGACGAUUAUGACCCGUGGUGGUAUUUGAUUCCUGUGGAUUACGAUAUGGUCAAAACUCUCAUCGACCAUGAGGCACUGUUUCCGGCGCUUUCCGUCAUUGCGUGGACGUCGCCAGUAGGCACAGAACCGCCGUGGCAACUCUCCGAGCCUGCCGUCAAAAUUGGCAUCGAAAUGAAGUGCGCAAAGACCAGGAUAUGGUAUGAACCAGACGAGGAGUGGCUUGAUGAGCUGGAAAGAAACCCAGCGACCGUGUACUCAGAUACUGGUUCGGAGUAUUCAGAGGCUGGUUCGGAGGAGUAUUCAGAGGCAGGGUCAGGGGAUGCAGGUUCGUAG